UGCGAAGUUUCCCUUCGUUUAUAUAUAGAGCUUUGCUUCAAUCUUAUCUCUCACAACAUUUACAAGCUAUUUCAAUUCAUCAACACUGCUUCUUCUGUUUCUUAUACCAAAUUCUGAAUAUGGCUCUUUCAUUGGAAAUUAAGAAAGAAUUUACCCAAUUAUCAGAAAGGGUAAAAUCUGUGGAUCUACAUCCAACUGAACCAUGGAUUCUUGCAAGUUUGUAUUCAGGAACUGUCUGUAUCUGGAACUACCAGUCGCAGACCCUGGAGAAGUCUUUUAAGGUCACUGAAUCCCCAGUGAGGUCAGCAAAAUUCAUUGCAAGAAAGAACUGGAUUGUCACUGGAUCAGAUGACAAGUUCAUUCGCGUAUAUGAUCAAGAUACAAUGGAAAUGAUCAAAGAAUUUGAGGCACACAAAGAUUACAUUAGGUGUGUGUCUGUCCACCCUUCUCUUCCCUGUGUACUGUCAUCAUCUGAUGAUAUGCUAAUAAAGAUGUGGGAUUGGGAGAAGGGCUGGGAGUGCACUCAGACCUAUGAGGGACAUUCUCAUUAUGUGAUGCAAUCAGUUUUUAAUCCAAAAGAUUGUAAUACAUUUGCAAGUGCAUCACUUGAUGGAACUAUAAAGAUUUGGAAUCUGAAUUCCCCUGCUCCAAUUUCUACAUUGGAAGGGCACUCAAAAGGGGUAAAUUCUGUUGAUUACUUCAUCAACAGUGAAAAAACAUAUCUGCUAAGCGGUUCUGAUGACUAUACUGUCAAGGUUUGGGACUACGAAGCCAAAACUUGUGUCCAUACAUUAGAAAGCCACACGAACAAUGUUUGUGCAGUCUGUGUCCAUCCAGAGUUUCCCAUCAUAAUUACAUCUUCUGAGGAUGGGACUAUCUGUAUAUGGGAUGCAAACACUUACAGACUUGAGAACACAUUGAAUUAUGGUCUUGAAAGAGUCUGGACUGUUGGAUGCAAGAAAGGCUCAGACCAGGUUGCAUUUGGUUGUGAUAAUGGAACCAUUAUGAUCAGCGUUGGUGGCUCAAAAUGAGAGGCAACAAUUCCAAGAAAUAAUUGUGGAAAUAAUUCUAGCGACUAUUAGUGUUGCUUUUGCUGUUUGUAAAAUAAUGGCUACUAGCUUGUAUUUUUAUUUCAAGUAUUAGACCUUGGUGCCCACUCUCGGACGGCCUUAUCUUGACCAUAAGAUAAGGCACCGAUUAUUACAUGUACCAGGAGGAAUAACGUGUACUAGUCUUGUAUGCUCUUUUGCCUUAUUUGGAACAAGAGAUUGCAUAUAAAUAUAAGGAUUCUUUAUCAUGGAUAAAAA